AAGUGCUUACCGUUAUUUUAUUAGGGGAAACAAUGUGUUCGGGACUCUGGAGCUGCGUUUCAGAGCUCCCUCCUGGGUCUCAACGGAAUUAUGAAGCCCCUGGGAGCAAAGCCUAGAAGAUAUGGAAAUGGAAGCCCAGAAAGAUGCGUCCACCCACCUAAGCUGUAAUAGGACCAUCCACCCACUGAAACAUUUUAACAGCGAUGUAAUGGCCAACGACAACGGCGGUGCGGUCAAGCUUCCACAGCUGUGUAAGUUUUGUGAUGUGAGAUUGUCCACCUGUGACAACCAGAAGUCCUGCAUGAGCAACUGCAGCAUCACGGCCAUCUGCGAGAAGCCGCACGAAGUCUGCGUGGCCGUGUGGAGGAAGAAUGACAAGAAUAUCACCCUGGAGACGGUUUGCCACGACCCCACGCUCACCUACCACGGCUUCCCUCUGGAAGAUGCUGCUUCUCCCAAGUGUGUCAUGAAGGAAAAGAAAAGAGCGGGCGAGACUUUCUUCAUGUGCGCCUGUAACAUGGAGGAGUGUAAUGAUUACAUCAUCUUUUCAGAAGAAUACACCACCAGCAGUCCUGACCUGUUGCUGGUCAUUAUCCAAGUGACAGGCGUCAGCCUCCUGCCUCCGCUGGGGAUUGCCAUAGCUGUCAUCAUCAUCUUCUACUGCUAUCGUGUCCACCGGCAGCAGAAGUUGAGCCCGUCUUGGGAGAGCAGCAAGCCCCGGAAGCUCAUGGAUUUCAGCGACAACUGCGCCAUCAUCCUGGAGGAUGACCGUUCCGACAUCAGCUCUACGUGUGCCAACAACAUCAACCACAACACGGAGCUGCUGCCCAUCGAGCUGGACACACUGGUGGGGAAGGGCCGCUUUGCCGAGGUCUACAAGGCCAAGCUGAAGCAGAACACUUCCGAGCAGUUUGAGACUGUGGCUGUCAAGAUUUUCCCCUAUGAGGAGUACUCCUCGUGGAAAACGGAGAAGGACAUCUUCUCCGACAUCAACCUGAAGCACGAGAACAUCCUGCAGUUCCUGACGGCCGAGGAGCGGAAGACGGAGCUGGGCAAGCAGUACUGGCUGAUCACAGCGUUCCAUGCUAAGGGCAACCUGCAGGAGUACCUCACGAGACACGUCAUCAGCUGGGAGGACCUGCGGAAGCUGGGCAGCUCCCUGGCCCGGGGCAUCGCUCAUCUCCACAGUGACCACACUCCCUGUGGGAGGCCCAAGAUGCCCAUCGUUCACAGGGACCUCAAGAGCUCUAACAUCCUCGUGAAGAAUGAUUUGACCUGUUGCCUGUGUGACUUCGGGCUCUCCCUGCGCCUGGACCCUACUCUGUCUGUGGAUGACCUGGCCAACAGUGGGCAGGUGGGAACGGCGAGAUACAUGGCCCCGGAGGUUCUAGAGUCCAGGAUGAAUUUGGAAAACGUGGAGUCAUUCAAGCAGACGGAUGUCUACUCCAUGGCUCUGGUACUCUGGGAAAUGACGUCCCGCUGCAACGCCGUGGGAGAAGUGAAAGAUUAUGAGCCCCCAUUUGGUUCCAAGGUGCGGGAGCACCCCUGUGUGGAGAGCAUGAAAGAUAGUGUGCUGAGAGACCGAGGGCGGCCCGAAAUCCCCAGCUUCUGGCUUAACCACCAGGGCAUCCAGAUCGUGUGUGAGACACUGACCGAAUGCUGGGACCAUGACCCCGAGGCCCGUCUCACAGCCCAGUGUGUGGCAGAGCGCUUCAGUGAGCUGGAGCAUCCGGAGAGACUCUCUGGGAGGAGCUGCUCCCAGGAGAAGAUUCCAGAAGAUGGCUCACUGAACACUACCAAAUAGCUUUCUCUGGGCAGGCUGGGCCAAGCCUCCAGAAGUCCUUUAACCAAAGAUCAGAGGCAGCAGGAUGCUUUCCUGACCGAUGCUUCUGGAAAACCAAGGACUUGCUCCCUUCUACCCCAGUAGCUGCUCCAUGUUAGCCGCAGCAGCGGCAGCAGCAGCAGCAGCAGGAGCAGCAACCAUAGCAGCAGCAGUGGCGGUGGCGGUGGCGGCAGCGGCGAGGGAUGAGUGACAGAGAGCAACCUAUGCCUUGGAUGUUGUCAUGGCAUAAGCUGUGCUAGCACCUCCUCAGGAAAUGAGAUUGAUUUUUACAACAGCCAAUAACGUUUGCACUUUAUUAAUGCCUGUAUGUAAAUAUGAAUAGCUAUGUUUUAUAUAUAUCUAUAUAUCUAUAUGUCUAUAUCUCUCUAUAUAUAGCCAUACUCUGCAAGGAGACAAAGAAAACGAUCAAAUGUCCCCGGGGAAUUAGUUUUUAUUGGAGAGCUCUGGAAUGGAGCAGAAGGGACUCGGGAUGACAUUAGCACUUGAUAGUCACACAAGCAAUGAUCCCCUGACGCAGGGUUGGGGGGCACAAUUGUACGAGAAGGAUCCAUGCCUUGCAGUCUGCUUUGGCCACAAAACACUUUGAUUUUGCAAUAGUUACCCUCUACCGUAGGGUCCUUUAUGGACCAGGGAGCUGAAUUCCAGCCCAGCACUAGGUCCCAGGGUCUCCCAUGUGUCUUUACUUCUCUUGAUUGUUGUCUUUGACAUUCAAACUCCACGUCUGACUUGUGAACCUUCUGACUUAGCCUUGAACCGUGACCCCCAUCUUUCUGCUUUUACAGACUACCAAAAUCAAAGAAGAUAGUUCCCUACCCAUGAAAUUGACCCACCAUCUACCAAUAAGAUUGAGUUCUUUGAUUCCUUCCUGCACAUAAGUUACUGUUAUUUGUUCCCAGCAAGUAUCCUUUGUCGGUGUUUUGAACAUGGCACACCCUCCAUCCAGCCCCCGAGGCUCGUUGUGGUUAAUUUUUGUGGCUCUGCUGCUGGAGCUUCCAGCUUGCCAUGGCAACACCAGAGGGUUCCAUUUCCCAAGAGGCAGGCAGAAUUUGAAUGGCACACACUGCCCACACUGUACAUCUGUGUCCGGGGACACUUUGAAUCCUCAUUUCCUCAGUCAGCACACCAUCAAAAGAGUUAGUCGAGCUUCUAUUGAAGUAUUUGGGAGGUUGCAGAAAAACCUAGAUUCCCCACUAAGCAGAGGAGGUGGCUCCUAGCUCCGAUCCCAGGUGGCAUCAUCUACAGGAAGAAGGUAAGGAUGGAGCUGCCUCACUUCUCACUAAGCCUCCAGACUUCCCAGGCUGGAAAUGAAAGCUGCUUCUAGUCAGGAUUCAUUGUAAGCAAAGUGCAUUCGUGAGCAUGGAGAGAUAGAUCAGCAAGUAAAAAUGGUUGCCUCACAAGCAAGAGGGCCUGAGUUCAAUCCCCCAGAACCCAGGACAAAAGCCAGGUUCAGUGGGACACCCUUGUCAUUGCAGCACCCUGAGGAAUAUCUGAUCUCCAUCACAUAUGCACCCAUGAACACCCUCACAGAGGUGCACACACUAGAAAUGUGCCUUCAUUUCACCUUGCUCUGGGAACAGAUUGGAUUGCACAUAACUUAUCUGACAUUAUGAUUUGAAACUGACGUAAAUUGGACAUCAGGAGACCUCCUGUGUGUGACCUCAUUAGGCCAGGUCUCUUUGUAUGCAUAUAUUAAGUUUCAUCUGCCUCUGCAAGGGGACCCUUCUGCUCUAAAGUCUUUCCUUAUGGCUACUGGUCUCUGCAUGGUCCUAACCUGAGCAGAAAUUACAAGUGCAUUAUUUGAACAGGGGUCACACAGAAGCCCCAUGUAGCAACAGGGAAUCUGUGUCCACUUGGAUGAGAGCAGAGAAUGAGCUUUAAUAGGGAGCUUGUUAACCUCCCAACAAAUGUGGAUGUUGCAAACCAAAGUCUUUUUAAGAAAUUGUGGUUUUGAAGUGACUUACUUUCAACCAAAUAGGAACGUGAUUGGAGGACCAUCGAGGGGUCUUUUCUUCUGCCUGGUCAACAUGGUCAAGUUGGGGGUGGGACAAAAAUCUAUGUGCUCUGUCCUGUGAAAGUGGGCUUCGAACACCGCGAAAAACUCCAAACUCACUUGCUCCUUUGGGCUUGCCAGUGCUAACCCAGUAGCUGUUGUUCAGCGCCCUCUAGCGGUAAAUUUACAGAAUGCUGGCCCGCUAGUGGGAUUUCUGGGAUUCAAAAGCGACUUCACUUCCGGGUCAUCAUCAGAAACUGGAAUAUGGUGUCGUGUUACUGUGGCUUGUUUUGUUUAUGUCAUUUCUUUUCUUUAUUCAAGAAAAAGACCAAGGAAUAGCAUCGCUGUCAUUCCUAAAACUGUUGACUCUUGUUCACUACUCUGCAUAAAGGGAAGGUUUUAUUCUUUUAUUGAACACUUCAGCCAUACUCAUGUAUUAAAAUAGGAAUGUGAAUGCACAAUAUUCAUUUUAUAUCAAAACCUAAAGCACUUAUUUUCAAUCUAUGCGGUGUUUGUCUUUUAUAUUAAUAAAAAUGGAUCAAAUAAAUCCAAAGUCCGCAGACAA